AUGCGCCGAGUCCUCCGGCUGCUCGUCGGCUGCUUCCUCACCGAGCUGUGCGCCCGCGUGUGCCGAGCGCAGGAGCGAGUCGGGCACGGGCAGCUGGCGCAACUGGGUGGCGUGGUGGUGCUGACUGGGGGCAACCGCUCCGGGGCUGCCUCCGGAGAAACCGGCGAGGGCGCGGGGGUCUCCGAGGAGCCGCCGACUCGGGCGCCCACGCCGGACUUCUGUCGGGGCUACUUUGAUGUCAUGGGCCAGUGGGACCCGCCGUUCAACUGCAGCUCGGGAGACUUCAUCUUCUGCUGCGGGACUUGUGGCUUCCGGUUCUGCUGCACGUUUAAGAAGCGGCGUUUGAACCAGAGCACCUGCACCAACUACGACACGCCGCUGUGGCUCAACACCGGCAAGCCCCCCGCGCGUAAGGACGACCCCCUGCACGACCCUACCAAGGACAAGACCAACCUGAUAGUCUACAUCAUCUGCGGGGUGGUGGCUGUCAUGGUGCUUGUAGGCAUCUUCACCAAGCUGGGGCUGGAGAAAGCGCACCGGCCCCAAAGGGAGCACAUGUCCAGGGCCCUUGCGGAUGUCAUGAGGCCACAGGGCCACUGCAACACUGACCACAUGGAAAGAGACCUUAACAUUGUUGUCCACGUGCAGCACUAUGACAACAUGGACACAAGAACUCCCAUAAACAACCUCCACACCACCCAGAUGAACAACGCAGUGCCCACCUCGCCUCUGCUUCAGCAGAUGGGGCAUCCACACUCGUACCCCAACCUGGGCCAGAUCUCCAACCCCUAUGAACAGCAGCCACCGGGCAAGGAGCUCAACAAGUAUGCCUCCUUAAAGGCCGUCGGAAAUUCUGAUGGUGACUGGACAGUGGCGACACUUAAGUCACCCAAAGCUGACAAGGUUAACGACGACUUCUACUCCAAGCGAAGGCACCUGGCUGAGCUGGCUGCCAAGGGGAACUUACCUUUGCAUCCUGUUCGAGUGGAGGAUGAGCCCCGGGCCUUCAGCCCCGAGCUGCCUGCCAAGCAGAAUGGACAGAAGUCGCGCACCAAUAAGAUGCCACCUCACCCCUUGGCUUACAACUCCACCGCCAACUUCAAGACCUGGGACCCCAGUGACCAGUCUCUCCGGCGGCAGGCUUAUGGUACCAAGGGCAAGCUUGGCAUAGCUGAGUCGGGCUCCUGUGACCCCCUAGGGACUCGCACCCAGCACUUCCCACCCACACAGCCAUACUUCAUCACCAACAGCAAAACGGAAGUGACUGUCUGAGUUUGCUCUACAGGGUGCACCUUGGAGACCACACUCAACUGAGAGAGGCAAAAAAAAAAAGAAAACACCAUUCUGCCCACACUUUCUUGGUCCUAC